AUGGAUGCCUCCCCAGAGGGUAACUUUCCAUCAUCCUUAGCCAAUCAGCCAAAUUGGUAUCACUGUGAAAUACACAAUUUGCCGGAUGAUCUGCUGCACAAGUUCAUCCAGCUGGAACCGGACGAAGCGACGCUUAAGUUUUUGGAAAAAUCCGAGGAGAAAUCCGAAUGGAUUUUCACGCAAAUUUGGCACAUGAUGGCCAAGGCGUUCAUGGGAUGGUUCAUGACCCAAACCUCGAUCAACGGAAAAUCCAUCUGUCUUACUCAUCGCUUCCAUCGACCCCCGCACUUCUAA